CAGGAAGUGAGAUGCUGCGUUAGAUCAAAAUCAUACAGUAAGGCAAUAAGAAUUUAACAGCUGCACAAUAAGAUGCGAGUAUUAAUAUUGCUGUCACAUUCUGUAAAUUGAAGACUUUAUUGCAGCCGAAAAAAUGAGUGUGAGAGCUUUGUGGAUUAUUUCGCACGAAAAGGGAGAACAUUUGUCUUUACGCUUCGCAAAGAGGUUUGCUACUGUGGAGCACCGUGCAAAGAUCCUGGCAGGUUCCUCAUAUACAGCAGUCCCAGAAGAUAACACUGUGCUGCAGCUCCUGCUCACUGAGUUGGGGCUCUCAGAGCCAGACAAACCCUUUGUAGCUCUCAGAGAUGAUUGCCUUUAUCGUCAGCGGUCACCAGCCCUGGAGCUGAGGGUGGACAGCCCUGGAAAGGGAAUGCUUUGGCCAGUGUUGGCAAUCUCCCACGGGCCUAUUACCCUUGCUUGCCUGCCUUUAGUGGAUGCUCCUGCUGAGCCACGGCCAGCCCUUGCAAGCCUGCUGUCUGUCUCUCAGGGCCUCACUCUCUUGGCAGGUCUGCAGACUUUUCUCCUAGGCUCUGGGAGUAAGCCUGAUAGCGAGGUGCUGGCCUCUCGCCUGGCGAUGCUGCCCUCUGUACUCUUGCAGGUUUGUCCACUUGGCACACCCCUGGAUGUGCCACUACCGGGGGCUCCUUCUACACCCACAGUGCCCACUCCUGCUGAGAACCAGAAGCAGCCAGCCUGGAAGACAGGGCUCCACCGCGGUCGAGCUGCGGUGAACGUAGCACUUAUAGAAACCGUACGCUCAAUGCAGUAUGGUAACCGCAGCAGACAGGACUUGUGGGAUGUUUACGGCACUGUGACAUGCAAAUGUGAAGUGGAAGGGGUCCUCCCAAAUGUGAUGGUGACCCUCACACUGCCACCAAAUGGUUCUCCACUACAGGACAUCCUGGUGCAUCCUUGUGUCACUUCACUGGAUUCCAGCAUCCUUACUGCCAGCAGCGUGGAUAACUUUGAUGGCUCUGCUUUCUCCGGACCAUAUAAGUUCCCCUUCUCUCCUCCUCUGGAGCCUUUCAGACUAUGCAGCUAUACAUCUCAGGUCCCCGUUCCCCCUAUCCUGGGUUCUUAUCAACUGAAGGAAGAAGAAACCCAGCUGCGUGUGUCAGUAACCCUCAAACUUCACGAGAGUGUGAAGAACUCCUUUGAGUACUGUGAAGCACACCUGCCAUUCUUUAACAGGGAUCAGUUUGGUGUUGUGGAUGUGAAGGUGAGCUCCGGACAACUCGAUGUAUCAAAAGAGAAAAACCUGCUGGUCUGGGGCUUGGGACAAAAGUUCCCUAAAUCUCGCGAGGUAACAAUGGAGGGUAAGAUCAGCUUUUCUGGGCCGACACCAGGACCUACUGACCCCCUCUGCACAGAACUAACAGCCUAUAUCAAAUUAUAUUUCAAAGUGCCUGACAUGACACUCUCUGGGUGCUCGGUGGACCAGCAUUCGGUGCAGGUUUAUUCCUCUUCAAAACAACGUAUUAUAACAUCACGAGAACUUCAAUCCAAAGAGUACUUCAUAUGGAAUUCAACAGGAAGUGCUCCGGUAUCCUCUGGGCAGAUGAUGCUGUAGCAUGGAUACAUGGUGCUCAAUAACUGGACUGAAGACUGUCAAGCAUACACUGUGAUCCAGACCGGAUAUGUGACCCCAUGAAAUGUGUUACUACACUGUUGUUACUGAGGAGCUUACAAAUGAUAGACCAUUUAAAUAACAUUUAUAAUACAUUUACAUAUAAAA